AUGUCCAGCAAGGCCCCCAAAGGCAAGAGGGCCGCAAAGGGCGGCGCCGAGGACAAGCGCGAAGAUGUCCUCCAGGCUGUGCUGAUUGCCGACACAUUCCAACAACGAUUUCAACCGUUUUCGCAGGAAAAGCCAAGAUGCUUGCUACCUCUUGCCAACACGCCCAUCAUCGAGUACACGCUCGAGUUCCUCGCCAUGAACGGCGUGCAGGAAGUCUUUAUUUACGCCGGCGCACACCAGGAGCAAAUUGAGAACUACAUAAGACAAUCACGCUGGACUCCCCUGUCCAGAGCCUGCCCCUUCAACCUGGUGGAUUUCGUCAAGGUCUCCGACGCCCGAUCGAUCGGCGACUUUCUUCGUGAUCUCGACAACCGCGGUCUCAUUGACGGAGACUUUGUUCUGGUCCACGGUGACCUGGUUUCGAAUAUCUCACUGGACAGCGCAUUGGCAGCCCACAGAGCUCGGAAAGAGGCGAACAGAGAUUCUAUCAUGACGCUAGUCCUGCGCGAGGGCGGGCAGUCGGAACACCACACCAAGGUCAAUGGCAUCACUCCCAUUUUUGCUGUCGACCCAUCGGCCAAGAGGUGCUUACACUACGAAGAGAUGGACCCGUUCCAGGCCGACCACUAUGUGACCCUCGAUCCCGACCUGCUAAAGACCAAGGAACUCGAUAUCAGGAGCGACUUGAUUGAUGCGCAAAUCGAUAUUUGCACGCCAGACGUACUGGCCCAGUGGUCGGAGAGUUUCGACUAUGAACUGCCGCGCGCCCACUUUCUUCACGGUGUUUUGAAGGAUUACGAGCUCAACGGAAAAAUGAUCCACACCGAAAUCGUCUCCGAGGGCUACAGCGCGAGAGCUAGCAAUUUACAAAUGUUCGAGGCCGUGAGUAGGGAUGUACUGGGCGGCUGGGCAUAUCCCUUUAGCCCAGACACAAACCUGGUCAAAGGUCAAACAUACCAGCAGUGGAACGACAACGUGUUUAGGGAAAACGAUGUCCACUUUGGCUCGGAUUGCAAGAUUCGGAAUUCCAUGUUUGGUCGGGACACGGACGUUGGAUCCGACAGCCACAUCACCAAUAGCUUUAUUGGCAAGAAUUGCAGGAUCGGCAAGAACGUUCAGAUCAAGGACAGUUUCCUCUGGGACGACGUUACCAUCGAGGAUGGGGCAGUGAUCGACCAUUCGGUAGUCGCUGAGUUCACACAAGUUGGGAAGCAGGUCCAAAUUGGUGCUGGAAGCUUGAUCGCAUCAGGCGUUCACAUUAGCGACAACGCCGUUUUGCCGCCGGCAACUAUUCUCUCUCUCGUAUCCGCAGAAGGCGUAUCAGUCGCACCAGAUCUCGAGCUCCUCGGUCCCCAGGGUAAAGGUGCCAGGUUCCAUGAUCCCGAGUUUGAGGAACUGGACAAUGAUGACCCGUACCGUCUUCAAAUGUCUCUCAUUUACUCCCUUGAAGGCUUAGAUCUGGACGAGUCGGACGUCUCGACGUUGGCUUCUGAAGAUGAGUAUGACGAAGACGACGAUGAUCAAUCGGCAGCUGGCGGCAGAGAUGAGUCCCGAUCCCGUCUCAGCUCAUUCGCAUCCGAUGACUCGUCGGGAGGCGGCACAGCAUUCGUCUCGGAAGCCGUGCACGGCCUGCUAGAGGUAUUGCGUGGCGAGUCAGGCGGUGACUUUAGCUCAGAGAAGCUAGAGUUCAUGUCCUUGCGUCUGGCAAAUAAUGCUUCAGAUGUUGCAGUGCGUCGUGCAAUCGCUACCGCCUUUGUGCGCCGAGCCGUGGAACUUUUGAAUAGCGAAGGCGGCCAAUACAACCACGAAAAGGCGGCCAAGACUGUGCUUACCGAACGCGACGGAGCCAAGGAUUUUAUUCUCGAUGUUGGUGUCGGAGGUGGUUCUGUGGAGGAGCAGAUUGAAUUCUCGAUUGCUGUACAAAAGGCUUGUGUGAGUAUCUCGAGGAUAAUCGAAAUACCGAGCGCUGGUACUCUCUGCGCAGCAUUCUUCAGGUAUCUCUACGAGGAGGAAAUUGUGGAGGAAGAUGGCAUUCUUGGCUGGUGGGCAGAUGAGAGAUCGACCGAAGGCGAGCCAAUGUCGGGUGUUCGUGAGAGAUGUCAGCAGUUGGUGAACUGGCUUGAAGAGGCCGAGGAAGAAGACAGCGACGAGGAGGAUGAGAGCGAUGACGAGUAA